CUAUGUCACAUCACAAUUUAUAAUAGAGGAUAGCUCUCUCGCUCGGAUCGCGAUCGGAUCAUCUUUCGUGUGUUUGUACUUGGCCGGUUUUGCCAUUCUGCUUUCAUUCGUCGUUAAUUGUGAGGAGGUUUAGUCCCACGAGAGACCCGUAGGGAUCAGCCGGGUGUGUUUGUUUUUGACUGACCGCACAGUGAUCGCAGUGAUUCUUGCUCGGGUACAGCGCACCCUUCAUUACUUCGUCGCAGUCGUUCUCCGUGGACGCACAUGUGUCUCGCAAUUCCUGGCGGUGCACAGUUCAAGUGUUGAUGUUAAGUGAGUUAUGGAAGUGACGAUUGGUUAAGAAUAAUUGAAUGAAGAUUUUUUCUGUGUGAUAAACACGAUAAGUGAGCAGUGUUUUGCUGACGUUGGAGUGAAGUGAGAAACAUUUUCGAUAAAAUUUCUGCAUUAGCCAGCAUGGCAUUGGAAGACCGCUGCAGCCCCCAGAGUGCACCCAGUCCGCCACAUCACCAUCAUCACAGCCAAAGUCCGGUUAAUUCUGCCACCGCAACGAUGCUUACCGCCAACGGAGGAACACGUUGUUCGCCUAGUGGUGAAGAGAUGUCGCCACUAGUACCGAUCUCGCCUCUGCACAUCAAGCAAGAGGUAACGGAUCCGAUUCCUCCGCAGCCUACUCAGCAAUCGGGGAUUUCGUUUUCGAUUUCCAACAUUUUGAGUGGAAGUUUUGGAAAAACGACCUCUGCCCCUGCCGCGGCUCAUCAAACGGUCAGCCCCAUGGCAAGUCCCCGCUGCAGCUCGGAUUCUAACAGCCCUAAUGGGCCCUCCCUACACCUUCAGCAUCAACGGUGCUUGGAACGAAGAGAAAGUCUGUUCCGCCCUUACGAUAUUAGUAAAUCACCCCGGUUAUGUUCCAGCAAUGGCAGCAGCAGUCACAACCCUUACCACACCGAUAGUGAAUCACAGGAUUCGAACUGCUAUGAACCGCAAGCUGCGGCAGCUGCCGCAGCCAGUAUGUUAAUGUUCAACAACAACCAUUAUCACCCCCGGAUUCCAACCCUGUACGACUUCAGCACCAAAACCAUCCCCAGCAUAGAUCCUCGUUCCCCGCUGCUGAAUGGAUUCAGCGCCACCAGCUAUCCCAAACUGCACGAGGAAAUCAUCAACAGCCACCGAAAGUUCCAGGCCAAACUGCUGGAGAACCAGGCGAAGGCUGCGGCUGCAGCCGUAAGCAUCCACCCGCACUCGAUGCCCCCGCUAGGUUCACUGUGUAAAACCGUAUCGCAAAUCGGCCAACAACAGGUCACUUCGUCCGGUUCGAUCGGCAGUGACCGGCUGGAUUGCCGUAGUAAUGCCAGCAGCAGUCCAAAGCUAAGUCCGCGGCCAAUUCCGAAACCGACGGCAACGGUGGCAUCCAGUUUACCGGGAAAUGGCGGAAGGGAUGGUUCAACGAAUGGACAUCUGCUCGAUGGUAGUAACCAUAAUAACGACGGGGGUUCGUCGGAUGAUGCCCGGUCCGAGACGGGUAGCAGCAAGGAUGGCGAUGGCAAUGGGAAUUUGUGGCCGGCUUGGGUGUACUGCACCCGGUACAGUGAUCGACCGAGUUCGGGUCCCCGCUACCGUCGAACGAAACCACCGAAGGAGAAAGGCGAAAGCGAAGAAAAACGUCCCCGGACCGCAUUCACCACUGCCCAGCUGCAAAGACUGAAGAAUGAAUUCAACGAGAACCGGUACCUCACGGAGAAACGUCGCCAGGCACUGAGCGCCGAAUUGAACCUGAACGAAUCACAGAUCAAAAUUUGGUUCCAAAACAAACGAGCCAAAAUCAAGAAAACUUCGUCGGAAAAGAAUCCCCUCGCACUGCAGCUGAUGGCCCAGGGUCUGUACAACCAUUCCACCGUACCGCUGACCAAGGAAGAGGAAGAGCUGGAGAUGCGUAUGAACGGUCAAAUCCCAUAAACGCAACACGACGAGGUUAUGUCAACAUGUAAAUUGGAUCCGUGAGACUUUCGAACCAAUCGACGCUCGGGACUGACCGCCAUUCAUUAGGCAAACUUGUCCCUAGCUGAUGUAAACAAAAGAAUUCAUAAUGAGGCCUUCCAGCCAGCAGCACCAUGCAGCACUCGACUUCACUCGCGCAAGGGGGCACCACAGAAUCUGAAGCUGUCAGUUGCAUUUUUGCAAGAGCUUUUGAAUUAUUGAUCUCCAGACGGACGGCGUGUACCAUUUUGUUGCUGCAUCACUCUCGACUGACGUUCAACAUAACCUCACUGCUACCACCACGGAUCGAAGCUGUCAGUCAACCGGACAGAGAGAGUAGAAAAAAAGCAGGCGAGGCUUACCGGGACUACACGUGUGGCAUCAGGGGUAGGACAAUGGAACAACAACAAGCCUCCCAGUACAAUUACAUUUAAAUAAUUGAAUUAAUGCUCUUUCGUCCGCGUCCCGCCCGGUGUGCGGGAUCAGGGCAGAAGAAAGCUGCGCAGUAAAACAAACAAAUCCAAACGUAUGCUGAAACGAGGUCGUAUGAGAAACUGUAAAUGUAAAUAUUGAAUUUUAAAAGCCUCUCUGGCACUGACAGUUAGUGAACGAGAACAACUUUCUCACGCGCGUCCUGUGCUUCUGAGAACCUUGGCGAGAUAGAGGGAGUCGCAAGUAGAGCAAAUUGUGUAUAUUUGUACAGGAGAGGAAUGGGGUCAGCUGACAAGGGUGGUGCAAUAAAAAGAAAUACCCAUUUCCCCAUACAGUCAGCUUAUCCCAGAAUCCAAAAAAAGCGUGAUUGUAAUUAACUGAAAACGAAUAGCAAUAAACAGCAGGCAAAUUAUUAAGUCGCACCCACUCGAAAUUGUGUGAGGUUAGGUUACACGUUUCGAUGUUUCUCAGGCUUGCAAAAAGCAUAUAAAUUAUUUUCUUCCAGUAUCUUAGAAUCCUAGAAAGCAGAGCACUGUUCAAGCAUAAAGGCUAUAGCGAAACCCAGCGGAUGUAAAUACGCUAGCGAAGUAAGAUUGAGUGUAAAAAAUUAGCUACUAAAAAUUAAUUGAGAUUAACAACAUUGGAUUAGGACCGAGAGCGAGCAAAAAACCCACAAACAAAAUAGAUUAACGCGCAAAGCGGACUGGACGGCGGUGUUCCCACACGGAAAGGUCCGGCCAAUGUCGAGUACAUGUAGAUGUAGAUAAUUAGUCUUCAAACGCAACAUGCGUCCGCGAGCAUUUGGAACCUGUUUCGAGAAGCAUAAGUAGGAAGAUCCAUUGGCAAACUAAACGUAGGUGUGUUUAACUCAACCACCAGUGCAUCUAUUCAGUACGCAACUAUCUAAUCUAAAUUAUGCUUAAUUAUGCUACCGACGGACAGACCGUCCAUUUUCUUUUUGGACCGUUUCCAACUGCUCUACUGCGCUUCUAGAGGCUUGGCAAAGAUAGAAAUCUGUUGAUUGGGGUCCCUUUGUGUAUCUCUUCAACCUGUGAAUUUAUGCCCGCACUGGAAUUGGAUAAGAGAUCAAAAUGUAAAACUAACCUAGAGCGUACGUUCAAUCUGUUUAGUAAACCCUGGGCGGACGGUAUUUUUAUUCAACUAGCGUUUAAGGUUAUUAUUCCUAUACUAAUUAAGAUUGUAGAGAAUUAGCUGAUUAACCAUAGACAGAGUACAGAACCUAUUAUAUUAUAACAAGAAUAAUGCAAAAAUUAUUAAA